UUUCAGUCCACAUGAAACAAUCACUGACAACGGUUCUCGGCUAACUUAUUAGCGCCAAUUUAGCCAACACCAAUUGGCAAAAAGCUCAGCCCUAAAUUGAGCGGAAACAGAAAAUUCAAAUUUUGUUCGUGAUCGAUUAUAAAAAUUAUUAAAAAAAAUUGAGCCUUGGUUGGAGUGUAAACUGAAUGUUAUGAAGUAAUCAUCACAACUUAAUUAAUAGAACAUUUGUUGUUAUAUAAUUUUUUUUUGUCAACAAAAAUGCAGUUUCAUUUUUAAAUGUUAAUUAAUUAUGCGAUCGUCAUUGAAAACGGUUCUAUUAAUAGAAAACACUGCGACUCGAGGUCAUAAAAAAGAAAUUUCAAUAAUUGCGGUCUAAUUAAAAGUUGGUGCCAGGCAAACGGCUGAAAACAUGGAAUGACAUUUUAUUUGGGGCAACAAAUAUUGUUGGCUUUUUUAAUAAAACAAAAAUCAAAACAAAAAAAUCAUCUCUCUUUUACCUGUGUGCGUGUGUCGGUUUGUGGUUAUUUUAUGUUUCAGCUAUUAACGGAAGCGCACAGGUAAAAUAAUUGUUAAACAAUUACAAUCCAUUAUGGCCAAUCAUCAGCAGCGACAAAGCGACAACAACAAAGGCAAUUGCGUGCGUUUAAUACUCUACUUGGUGGCAUUUCUACUAUUUCCAUUGCCAAUGAAUUUUCCGAUUCCGUGCAGGGCACAUCUGAUACAUAUUGACGGCAAUGGUCAUCAUGAGUUCCAUUCAAGUGGACUGCCAAGAACUCAUUUGCCGCCACCAUUGCCACUGCCGCCGCAACCACCACCUCCGCCUCCGGUCCAUGUGCCGGCUAGAGAAUUAACACCAGCCGAGUGUAUGGUGGACCUGACAAACGAUUUGGCCUAUCGAAUCCUGCACUACCAUUCAAUUUUGAAUCGAAAUAAUUUUGCAUUUUCACCGACUGCGCUGAUGAGUGUCCUGGUGGCGCUGUACGAAGGUUCAGCGGGAAAAAGUUCCACUGAACUGAAAAAUGUGUUGCAGCUUCCCAGUAACCGCGAUAUUAUCCGUGUAGGCUAUCGGGAUAUACAUCGUAGAUUGAGGACAUAUUUCUUCGGGUCGGAUAAUCCAUUGAAAGGACUAAGCCUAAAUAAGGAGAAUGUCACCAUUACCAGAGAUUUCGAAGCGAUUCUGACAUUUUAUGGCUACGAUUUGGGAAUGGACAUGGUGUCAUCUACGCCAGUGCCCACAACAACAGUAACAACAACAUCAGUUGGCACAACAGUGGCCACAACAACAAUGCAAGUUCCAAUUACAACAACGGUGGCACCCAAUACUCCAACCACUACUGCAGAAAUUAAGGAUACAACAACAAUGGAAACAACCACAACAGCUCCAACAACUACAUUGCUUUCUACAACAACUACGCCACUCCCGGAGACAACAACUACAACAGAGGUAGUCACCACAACACAGAUAAGUACCAGCGACACAACAGAAACCACAAACGAAACUGUUCCGACAGAAACAGAAACAACGACAGCAGCAGCCACCACAAAUCCCGACGAAACAACUACAGCAACAUCUGCAGCUGGAAAUACUAAUGAAGCAGCCGAGUUAAUCUCAUCAUUUGUUGCUGAAGCUAAUGCAGAGCCUCUGUCACGAAUUAUUCAACAAGCCAGGGUCACACGCUUACCCAGUGCGAAACUUCAGGCACCUCGUUUAAUGAGAGCACCUCAAAUAAACUACUUGCCGUCUCAAAGAAAAUCAAAACGCCUUUCGACGACGAAUCGGAAGAAACGACACUUGUUUGGUUUGAAAGACCUAGACUCGCAUCUCUUUGUGAAUUUAUUAAGUAGCGAUGCAUUUCUGCACUCUUUAACCCCCAUAGCCGCUCUGAAUCCUUCGCCGCACACCUCUUACAUUCCAGUAAACAAUGAGUUUGAAGUCGAUACCGAUCCUAACCUUAUUGGAUCGGCGCCAGCGGCACUCAAACAAAAUUACAACGCUGACGUUAUAACGCAUGUCUUCUAUCUCAGCAGCCAGCAAAUUAUCUACACCACUUUCAAGGUUUACAACGCCGUUCUCUACUAUAAGUAUUUCGAACAUUUGCAAAUGAGUGUAUUAGAAUUGGAACUGGAUACGCCGGAAUACAAUUUGAUCAUAUUAUUGCCCGACUACAAUAGUGAUUUGGUUGCAGCUGCCGCCUCUCUUCGAUCGGGCCCAAAGCUACGUCUGCUGAGGAAACAGCUGAAACCGAAAUGGGUUCAAGCGAUAAUACCUGAUUUUAAAUUGCACGGCACGAUAUUCCUAACGAAUGAUUUACAAAAUAUGGGCAUUUACGAUAUUUUCGAACCAAACAGGGCCGAUUUUCGACCUAUGACAGAUGAAACUGGGACUUAUGUGAAACAUAUUGAACAAACCAUCAAUGUACAUAUCCGUACACAUCCAAUUAACCAGCUAAGACGCAAUGCCGGAGCUCAAGCACAGCCGACACACAUAUCUGUAAAUCAUCCGUUUAUGUUUUUUGUAAUCGAUCGAGAUUUGGAUGUUGCUGUAAUGUCUGGCCGUAUUUUGAAUCCAUUGAAUGUUCGAAUCCAAUAAGGGAAGUAAUUAAAUGGAGAAGUGCCAGCCAUGAAGGUGGUGCAACCUUAUUGCUAAUGUUUUUCUGUCUUCUGUACACAUGAAUGCAUGCAUGCGUUGUAUGAUGUAAAUAGAUGUACAUAGUUUGUAUGUGCAGAUGUAGUGACAUACAAUAUGUGUUUUGUAAACUAUAAAUUUGUUUUGAGAUUACGCCACGUUAAAGAAUUACAAAAUAUAAGCGGUUAUGAAGUGUU